AUGGAGGCAGUUCACGAUGGAGAGGCUUUACAGGCUCUGGAGCUCCGCUGUCGGCAGCUCUGCACGUCAGCGGCGCAGCUUGAGGCAGCCGAGGACUUCACAAGAGCUCUGCAACAUGGUGGUGGACAAACAGGUCAUUCCCCGGAUGUACAUGCUGCACGCGGCUUCAACGGCAAGGAGAAUGUGCUUCCACAAGGACUUGAGAGAACAAGCAGUACGUGGAAGGAGGUGCCACGAAGUAAGCGGCAUCCGAGGAUUCUUGCAGAGAGAGAAACGAGCAAGCUGAUCAACCGGACGACCAACUCGAGGAAUCUGGAAGGAACAUGGUACCACGAUGCAAAGAGCUCAGCAGAACGUAUGGGCGGUCCCAUCGCAGCCUCUGAUGGGGCUUAUUCACAUAACACCCUGUUUGUGGAAGCCGCAACACUGCAAGAACCGUCAGCCCACAACAGUCGGACACAGAUCGCGCAGAGAACUGAAGAGCCAGUGGUUGCUGCGCUCUCGGGUCGCCCGGAGGCGUCUCCGAAACAGCAAGAUGCACUGCAGGCAGCUCUGAGUAAGGAGUGCCAGUUGCUGCAUGACAUCGAGCAGUCGCGCUUCCAAAUCCAAAGUCGAGCAGACGACCAUCGCGAUGCGCUGGCUCUGCUUUCUCAGGAGGAGGCCAGGCUGUUAAGGGUCUUGCCGGAGCAGGAGAAAGAGCUCGCGGCAGCCCAGUCUGAGCACGCAAAGCUCCGAUCAGCGCUGGAGGCAGAGGAGGCUCAGUGUGCCAAACUGUCCGGACGCCUGCAACUGAAAGCCCAAAUGGCCAGUCAACUGCGACGCCUUUCCCAACGACCCGAGCCACAGCCGGACCUCACAACAAAGUCCCGCUUCGAUGCAGCAGCGUGUGAGUCCGAGAUCAUACACCUUCUUGGUCAGUCUUUGAAGGGUCUGGAUGCUUCAGCAGAUGUUCCCGAUGAUCUGGGAUCUUUGUGCGUCAGCCUUCGUCAGUCUGCCGGCCGCUUCAGGGCAGAGUCUGCAGCUUGGCUGGGGCAGGUCCGGCAGCAGCUGGGUCUUUCUGCAGAGCCUGAGAACAGAAGUGCGCAGACCUUGAUCCUUACUCUGGUCGAGACCUUGAAGAGCCACCUGAACACGAGCGGGCUUCAGGACACUGCACCGGCUGGUGAGAGAAGCCCAGAUUCGGCCAUGCAGUCGAAGCCUCGCUUGCAGGGGCCCUUAGCUGCUGACGGAGUGGCUACAGCAUCAGCGCACGAGGGGCCGACGAUGACCUUCACGGAGUCAGCCAGGGAUCCAGACGGAUCUGCGAAGCUUGGAAACAUGGCGGACCAGACGGUGCUUCUGCUGCGGCAACAGGAGCAAGAGCUGACUGCUUGCUUGGACAAGCUACGAGGAGGACGUGAUGCCCUGCACCAAGCACCGUUGCCACAAGACUGGCCCUCGGAAGCCACGUACCCCGAGAGUUUGACUUCUUCGCCAAACCAGGAGAUUUUGUCCUCUGCGUCCAACUCGGGCGCAGCAAUUGCACCGAGCCUUCAUCCAGGCAUUCCCAGCAUCGAUGCUCGUGUGGACAAGCUGGAGCAGCUGUUGGCGUUCCGAGGCCAGUGCUCCGGCACCGAGAGAGAGACGAAGCCGCCUGUUCGAGUCCCGGAAGAUGUACCACUCCGCUCAUUGUGGAAAGAAGCAGAAGCUGCUCAAAGUUCCAGGAGAGCGAGGUCGGAAUUGCCUGCAGCUGCAACUGGUGCUGCGGCCCCAAAAGCCUCGGCAGCAAGCACAAGCAAGCGGCUUGAUUUCAAUGACGACGAGCCAGCGCGGCGUGCGCUGGCAGAGGAGAUCGCCCAGACUGUGAAGGGGCGCAUCGAGGCGCUGUGUCGAGACGUGCCAAAGCUGGUGGGUGAGGCCAAAGUGAGCAAGAGAGCCAAUGCCAAAAGCGAGCUCGUCCGGCCACAGCCUCAACAGCCUCAACAGCCUCAACAGCCUCAACAGCCUCAACAGCCUCAACAGCCUCAACAGCCUCAACAGCCUCAACAGUCACAAGCCUCAUGCAUGAAACAGCUGGAACAGCAACAGGGUCGCUUGGACUCUCUCUUGGAGGACAUCCAAAGCCAAAGCCUUUCUGAGCCACAAGUGCUCCGGACGCCACCCUCGAAGCAGCCGGACCGUUUUCAGAAGCAGGAGGGCCAAAGCAGCCCUGCAGAGGCCGACGGGGAGGGCAUGGACACCAUCUGCGAGGAUCAUGCUGCCAUGGUAAAAAUCCCGUGA